CUAUAGCCCAGAAAAGCCGAGGAAAGCGAGAGGGAGCAGCACUCAUUCACUCACAAACAUUUUCAUUUAUAUUUUAUUUUUACGAAGCCGGGGAGCAACAUAAAAUGGACUAUAACUGUGAAAAACAAGAGACGAGCGACAUAGACGGAUUAAAUUAAGCGUAUUUGGAGUUCAUCUGGUCACGGAUCAUUGUAGAAGUUAAUACAGACCAUAAGAAACAACUGGAUGGAGGGGUCUGGCAGCCCUCGCGCCAGGAAGCUCCAUUUCCCCGUCGGUUUGUGGAUCAACUCUCCUCGAAAACACUUUGCAAAGUUAGGACGACGUUGGCCCAGCGCUGUCUCUGUGAGAUCGACCACCAGCUCUGACGCAGCCUCUCUCCACGAAGCCCCCUCAGCCCCCUCCUCCUCCCUCUCAAACUCCACCCCCUCCCUGGCGUCCCCCGCCCCGUCGCCCUCUCCGUCCCCCGCCUUCCUCCGGCCGCGACCCGCCGCCCCCCAGUCCCGGGCGAAACGUCUUUCCCACCUCUUCCUGCGGGGGCGCUCUAACAGUGACCGGGACAAGGCAGUGGGGGAGAGGGAGAGGGAGGUCUGGGCGCACUCGGUUGCCCCUUCGUCGCAUCACUAUCUGCCCCCCGGGUCUUCUUCUGCCCCGGGGUUGAUAAAGAUUUACGGUGAUGCGCUUUCGAGUGGGGCUAACUACCGCUCCCUGCUGGCCAGUGUUCACUCUACAGCCCGGCAGCUCAUCUGUCAGGUCAUCACGCGCUACACAGAGAGAGAGAGGGAGGAGACGGAGGACACAGUUCUUCAGAAGUACAGCCCAGAGGACUUCCUGUUGUGUGAUGUCAUUGGAAAGCCCGUCCAGCAGCCAGAUGGAGCGUUCAAAUGGGAGACGGAGUGUCGCAGAUGUGUGGCCCCGUGGGAAUGUCCCCUGCUCCUGGUGGACAUGUGGAGACCCAAAGACGGAUUCGAACGACGCUUUGAAAUACACCGACGAGACGACUACGAGAGAGAAGAGAGGGAGCGGGAAAGAGAGAGGGAGAGGGAAGGAGAGAGGGAAGGUGUUCGCUGGCGCCGUAGCAGAAUGGCGUCAGGAGGGGGCCCCGAAGAGGAGCGAGGACAUCGAGGGAGAAACACAGAGCUGAGGAGAAGCAUCAGCGACAUGAACCUGAGCCUAAGACGUCGCCAAGGAAACCACGUGAGCAACGACCAGCGCGGGACGAACAACCGCACGAACAACAACAGCUCAGAGGGACAGGACCGGAAGAACAUUGUGAGCAUGAUCAGCCCACAGCCAGGAGAGAUCAGAACCAGGCCUGAAGCCAAAGUAGGAUGGACUCACCAAACUGCAGAAGAAGAAAAGGACUACUCCACCUGUGACCUGGAAGUGAUGUCACAGAGUCUGAUCCUCCCUCCGACCGACCGACCCUACUUCCUGCUUCUUCAGGGCUACGACCAGAGCAAGGACUUUGUGUUGUACAUCAUGACGGGGCACAUGCAUGUGUUUGGGAGAAAGCCCACGUUGAAGGAGAGAGAGAAGGACAGAGAGAGGGAGAAGAAGGGGAAGAGGCCUCUGAAGGUCGACACGUUCCUGUCGGCGCCGGACCUUUUGGCUCGACACUUGCUGAUCCGCAGAGACUCGGCGGUCCCUGAAACGCCCUCCGGACAAGCUCUGAUGAGGCCCUUCAGAGGAGGAGCCGUCACACACAAUGGAGUGUGUGUGUACAGGGAGACUGUGCUAAAGCCUGGAGAUGUCAUUGGUGUCGGGGAGCAUUUCUUCUUCUUGUACCGGGACCCUCGAGUGUCUCCGGCCCCCCCUCUCGCUCUGACUUUGCCCUGGCAGAGCGACGCCACCUCCACCUGCUGCCCCUCAGGCCUGGUGGACAGACAGGAGGUUCUGAGGCAGUACCUUGGGUCGAGUGAAGCCAUUUUGAAGUUCCACCCUCGUCAUGCAGACACUCUCUUACAAGAAAUAAUCUCCAAAAAUUCCUCUCCAGACUCUGGGGGGGGACCUUUGGCUCCUGCAUAUCUGCUGUCAAUCAUGAUCGAUCACGCGUCGAAACACCUGGACCCUGCUCUCACUCCUCAAAUCCUCCUGAAAGCAGCUAAUCUCAUUAAAGAAAUUGUGUGGGAUAACAUCAAGGAAUUUGGGGAUAAGCAUCCCACGCAAAAUUCUUCGGAGCAGGAGGUGGAGAUCAGCAUGCCCAGUGUCCAGGCCCUCUCCUCGGAUCUCCGCCCGCUCAUGUUCUGGAUGUCCAACGCCACUGAGCUCCUGAACUUCUUCCAGGUCAAAGUGGAAACCAUGGACAAGGAGUGGGAGUUUGAAGCCCCGGGCGACCCUGUUUUGACGGCUGACAUGGACACCUGCUCGGAGGCCCUGGCGCAGCUGGAUGAUGUCAUUAUGCACACCUUUCAGCAGUGUGUGUAUCAUCUCACUAAGACGCUGUACUCCCUGCUGCCCGCUCUUCUGGACACAAACCCGUUUUCCAGCGACGACAAGGACAAAGAGAAGGACGGAGGAGCGGGCGCAGAGGGAGAGGAGAAGAGAGAUGUGGACGAUGUUUCGGCUUUACCCCCGAGAGUGGCGGGUCUGGUGGAGGUUUACCGCUGCUCCCUGCUGCUCUCCAGAGAAGCCUGUCUCUCUCCUCCUCUCACAUCCCAAACGUUCGGCUACCUCUUCUUCUUCACCAACACCUCGCUGCUCAACACACUGCUAGAGAGAGAUGGGCUGUUCUCGUGGUCCAGAGCUGUUCAGAUCCGGACUAACCUGGAUCUGGUGCUGGACUGGCUCCAGGGAGCGGGAUUAGGAGAUAUUGCCUCUGAGUUCAUGAAGAAACUGUCUGUCAUAGUCAACUUCCUGUGCAUUCCCAAAACCAGACUCAUCCAGUCGUCCUGGGGCAGUCUGCAGGAGGACCACACCUUGUUGAGCCCGGCCCAACUCCAUCAUCUCCUCACCCACUACAAACUGGGUCCAACGCGGGCACCCCCGUCCUCCUGGGCCCCUCCUCCCGGGACAGAUCUCAGCGGAGACAUCUUUGAGAGCUUCCUGGACCACCCUCCUUUAAUCCUCCCAAAUGAGACUCCCAGACUGGACCUGUCCCAGCCGAUCCCCAGCGCUGAACUGCAGAAGGAGGUCACCCGGCUCCGCACCUUCUUGUGGGGACUUGACCAGGACGAGCUGCCUGCCAAUCAGAGAACCAGGCUGUGAGCGAUGCCAAGAACUGACUCGAGACUAAAGAAACUUACUCCUGUUUAGUUAAUAGGUUGUGUUCACUUGACAUGGCGAUAUUUAAAAGAGCACGUUGUUUAAAAAUGAAGCGGGGGGUGAAGAAAAAUUCUGCAGAAGGCUAUCAGUUGUUUUGAGCUGGUUUAUGGAAAAUAUAGUUGUUUUUUGAUUUUUGGAACUGGGAUUUUCAGUAACUUUGGUGGUUUUAUAUAGUGGUAAAAGGAGGUAGAAUGUAUGUGUAUGUUUGAAAUAUUUGAACAUACAGGUGUGAUUAUAUACCAAGUACUGGAUAUUAAAGGUGCGUUCACACUUCCUGGUUUGGUCCUGGCUUGAUAUAGACUUAGCGCGUGUUCUAGUCCUGGUUUAGUCCUGGUCCAGUCCGGUUUUAGUCACAGGUUUAGUCCCACUUUUGUCUAAACUUUGUGGAUUUUCCAGUUUGGAUAUUUCCUUCAAAAAUAGCCACUCGCACACAGACUUUUAUUGGCCCCUGCCCCCAUCUGAGAUCAUGACAUCAUCAAAUUCUUGGGAUGUGAAUGCAACCUAUGGGACAGUUACGUGGUGAUGUAAUAACUCUAUUUCCGGGUCCGACGGAAUUCCAGCCGCAGUCACUGGAAUGGCAUUCUGGAUGAUUUGAAUCAGCUCCGGGAACGAUGUCGUCUUAAGAUGCUCAACAGCUAAAGAUCUCAGGUUUUCAAACACAAACACGGUUAAAGGUGCACAAGGCAACAACAACAUAACCACUCAUCUCCAUGGAGAUGUUAUUGCUUUGCCUUGAAUGUUGAAUGUUACACAGUGGCAUUAAACCUCUGUCUGUCUUAGACGUAUUCGAUUGCAUGUGUUUCAUUGCUUUUAUGGCUUCCAAAAUAUACAUUCUUUCCACAGAUCUGACCUGUAAGUUGGUCUAGUAGCAGCACCUGAGACAUGAAUUCUUUCAGUGAGUGGACUCGCCUCUCUGCAGAUCUGACCUGUACUUUGGCCUAGUAGCAGCACCUGAAACAUGCAUUCUUUCCACAGAUCUGACCUGUAACUUAGCCUAGCAGCGGCAUCUAAAACAUGCAUUCUUUCAGUGAGCAAGCUCGCCUCUCCACAGAUCUGACUUUAAACUUAGUCUAGUAGCAGCAUCUAAAACAUAAAUUAAUUCAGUGAGCCUUGAGUGGACUCGCCUCUCUGCAGACCAGACCUGUAACUUUUCCUAGUAGUGGCACCUAAAACAUGCAUUCUAUUCUUUCAGUGAGCAGGCUCGCCUCUCCACAGAUCUGACCUGUAACUUGGCCUAGUAGCAGCAUCUAAAACACGCAUUCUUUCAGUGAGCCGACUUGCCUCUCCGCAGACCUGACUUGUAACUUGGUCUAGUAGUGGCAUCUAAAACAUGCACAUGCGAGUCUGUGCAUUGAAAGAAUAGCAAUGCACAGACUCACCUCUCCACAGAUCUGACUUGUAACUUGGCCUAGUAGCAGCAUGUAAAACACUCAUUCUUUCAGUGAGCAGGCUUGCCUCUCCGCAGAUCAGACCUGCAACUUAGUCUAGCAGCGACACCUAAAACACGCAUUCUGUCGGUGAGCAGGCUCGCCUCUCCGCAGCUCUGACCUGUAACUCGACCUCGUAGCGACACCCACUUUUCUACACUGAGACAGACGAGGUGAACGCCAUACUGCGGAAGAUACCAGGCAAAUGAACCACAUCUCCAUGGAGACGAGCAGAGACAUCACACAGUGCAGCUUUACACGAUACAUUUUAUUGGUAAAAGUAGAUCCACGUAAUUUUUUUUUUUUUGAGCGUUAUGUCCCGUGAUAUGUCUUUAAAAGUCCGUUCCAGUCCCUGUUUGUGCUCGUCGUGGACAUAAUGAAUCGUAUUUGAAUUGUGUAUCAUUUCAUUUAUAGACACUGCAGAUUUGAAGUACUUUAAACUGCGUCUGGUAUUUCUCCCAGAUAUUACUUGAGUGAAACCAGUGUGUUUGUCUAUGUUGUGUAAUGCUUUACGGGCCUGUUUGACUUGGCUCCUGUGCUUGGGUUUAACAGCUUGUUUUUAAUAAAGUUUCAAUGUAAAAGA